UCGAACGCGGAGUCGGCGGAGUCGCGGAACCGGCGGUAGUGGAGACACUGGUCACUUUUGUGUAGAGUGUAGCUGUAGAGCGCAAUAGAGGAACGCAUCCAACACAAUCCAACAUCUUAUCGAAAUGGCGGAGAAAUCACGUCGUGUAGCGCAAACGGAAGAUUUAUCAAAUGUUGAAUUCGAAACCAGCGAAGAUGUCGAGGUUAUUCCUACCUUCGACAAUAUGGGUCUCCGUGACGAGUUAUUACGCGGAAUCUACGCAUACGGUUUUGAAAAACCAUCAGCUAUUCAACAACGAUCUAUUAAACCUAUCAUGAAAGGCAGAGACGUAAUAGCUCAGGCACAAUCUGGCACAGGAAAAACUGCUACCUUCUCGAUUGCGAUAUUACAAUCAUUGGAUACACAAGUACGAGAAACUCAGGUUUUGGUUUUGUCCCCGACUCGAGAACUUGCUACUCAAAUCCAAAAGGUUAUCCUUGCCUUGGGAGAUUUUAUGAAUGUACAGUGCCAUGCCUGCAUUGGUGGUACAAAUCUUGGAGAAGACAUCAGAAAGCUUGAUUAUGGCCAACAUGUUGUAUCUGGUACACCUGGUAGAGUAUUUGAUAUGAUUAAAAGGCGAGUACUCAGGACCAGAGCUAUCAAAAUGCUGGUACUAGACGAAUCUGAUGAAAUGUUGAACAAAGGUUUCAAGGAACAAAUUUAUGAUGUGUAUCGGUAUUUACCACCAGCGACGCAGGUUGUUUUAGUUUCAGCUACUUUACCACAUGAAAUUCUCGAGAUGACUAGUAAAUUUAUGACAGAUCCCAUUCGCAUUCUUGUCAAACGUGAUGAAUUGACAUUGGAAGGAAUCAAGCAGUUCUUUGUUGCUGUAGAACGAGAAGAAUGGAAGUUUGACACCCUUUGUGAUUUAUACGACACAUUAACAAUAACGCAAGCAGUUAUCUUUUGUAAUACAAAACGUAAAGUUGACUGGUUGACAGAAAAAAUGCGGGAGGCCAACUUUACAGUAUGUUCUAUGCAUGGAGAUAUGCCACAGAAAGAACGAGACAACAUAAUGAAAGAGUUUCGAUCUGGUCAGAGUCGCGUGUUAAUCACAACGGAUGUCUGGGCGAGAGGAAUCGACGUUCAGCAGGUGUCGCUCGUAAUUAAUUACGAUUUGCCUAACAAUCGUGAAUUAUAUAUUCAUAGAAUAGGCCGAUCGGGACGUUUUGGUCGUAAGGGUGUAUCGAUAAAUUUUGUGAAAACUGAUGACAUAAGAAUUCUUCGAGAUAUCGAGCAAUAUUACUCUACACAAAUAGACGAAAUGCCAAUGAAUGUGGCUGAUCUGAUAUAAAUGUGAAAUUUAUAUAUAUGUAUAGGUUACAUAUUUUACGUACAAAGAUUCCUUUAACUUCGAUUAACUUGAUAAUACAGUUAACACACAGAAGACAGUAUGAUUCUAUAAAUAAUAUAUCACAUGUCAACAAUUUCCAAAAUAUAGUUUACUUGAAAAUCCUUUAUCAUUUUCCUUAAAUUAUUUUUAGUAUAUAAUUAUACUACUCUUAUAAGAAUAAUGUAAUAGAGCAGAGUACUCUACAAUUUUCUGCAUCUUGUAAGUAAUAAAAUCUUGAACAUAAUAUGUAAGAGAACUAGAUUAAUCAUGCUUGUUUUUACUUCUGUUAAAAUACAUUAUUGAUAACAGUAGGUUUUUUUUAAUGAAAAUGAAGUAGAUUUCUCUUUUUCUACGUGGACUGAACAGAUUACUCGUGUAAACAAAUUAUAAGUAGGAAAUAGACUUUGUUAAUAAAGUA